AUGUCAUCAGAAUUGACACUUGAACUAAGUUCAAAAUCUUUUGACGGUUAUCAAUAUGUUUAUAGUCACGACAGUUUCACAGUUGAUUGUACAAUGAAAUUUGGUGUUUAUGUCCCAACAAUAGCUGAUAACGAAUGUGUGCCCCUAUUAAUAUUUCUGUCUGGUUUAACUUCUAAUGAACAAGAUUUUAUCACUAAAACUGGCGUUCAACGUUUAGCAUCGAAAUACGGUUUUAUUGUAGCCAAUCCAGAUACUAGUCCUCGUGGCUGUAAUAUCGAAGGCGAUCAUGACCAACGGGAUUUCGGUGAAGGUGCUGGAUAUUAUAUUGAUGCAACUGAAGAUAAAUGGUCAAAUAAUUAUCAAAUGUUUUCCUAUGUGAAUGAUGAAUUUUAUGAAUUAAUUAUAAGAAAUUUUAAUGUUGAUAUUAAUCGUAUUGGAAUAUUCGGGCAUAGCAUGGGUGGUCAUGGUGCAUUAAUUAGUUUUUUUAAAUGCCCCGGUCAAUACAAAUCUGUGUCAGCGUUUGCACCGAUCUGUAGUACAUUGAAAUGUGAAUGGAGUAGAAAUGCAUUUACGAAAUUUUUAGGACAAGAUGAAACCCUUUGGAAAGAAUAUGAUGCUUGUGAACUUGUUUCUUUAUAUCAUGGUCCAAUGCCGUAUGCGCCAGUUUUAAUUGAUCAAGGUUCAAAUGAUCAAUACAAAGAUGAUUAUUUGUUUCCAGAUAAACUUCUUGAAGCUUGUUGCAAUGCUUCUUUUCCAAUACAACUACGUCAACAAAUCGGUUAUGAGCAUGGCUAUUGUUUUGUUAUGACUUUUUUAGAAGAUCAUUUUAAAUACCAUAAAAAUGAAUUUGAGCAUUUGAAAUAA